AUCUUGAUGCGUCUCUCCCUCAUCGCGUCGGCGAGCCAUUGACAUUCCCCCACCCCACCACCGUCCGACCAGCCCGCCCCCGCCUCCCAGGGACUGGGACCUAGCCGCCGAUGGGCUUCUUCCGCCGGAUCGCCGGCUUCCUCGGCAUCUCCAGGGACGACGCCGACCACCCCGACUCCUCAUCCUCCGCCGCCGCCGCCGCCGCCGCAGAGCUUCCGCAGGACAGGGCGGCGGCGCACGCGGCGAGGCGGGGGUUCAGCGUCCAGGUGCCGGUCCCCGUCGAGCGGCAGGGACCGGGGCCCGUGCUGGUGCCCUGCCCCCAGGGGGAUGGCGGCGUGCAGGGCUUUAGGUGGUAUACAAGGAGGCUGAGGAUUGAUGAAGAUGGCAACGUAGCUGACGAGUUUUUGGAUGAGGUUGUUCCUGAAAGCUCAAUGAGCAGCGAUGCUAGUCCAGUUGGAAGGUUUGAAGUGAAAUACAAUACGAGACCAACCGCUCUAGCGAUGAAAAAGCAGAUAAUCGCCGUUGAUGGUGACAUCCGUCAUAGCUUGGAAUACCAGGGGCAACUGCAGUGGGUGUGAGUGAGAUUGGUAAGCUUGAGUUCUACUGUUCUUCCAUCCUGUCGUCUCAAGAUUUGUUGAUGACUUCACGUUGACCAAAGGCUAGUGCAUCCAUGGCUGAUCUUGGAGUGGAUUUAGAGUCCAUGGCUAGUGCAUCCAUCAUUCUCCGUUCAGUGUGUUGUGAUGCCUGAUCUCAUGAUGAUUCAGAGCCCUUGUACCACUAGUUGUACAUUAUUGAACGGAACAAUGACAGAAGUAAACAAGCUACUGCUAGAAAUGUAGAAGGGGGUAAUGUACUUGCAAAUGGAGCCAUUGAUCCCUUGCAUGAGUUGAUGUUGGUUAAGCUAUUCAUGUAUGCUGCAAGUCUACGAACUGAAAGACUGAUCAAGUGUGUGAAUGUGUUCCACUUCCUUGCCAUUCUCGAA